AUGGAAGAGGUAGCUCCCGAACAAGUACAGGAAGUACAAGGCAAUACUGAAGCCCACAUCGAUUCCACUACUGCUAGUACUGCCCCAACAGAAGCUUUACCUUCUGAUAAGCAAUCUAGGAAAGCUAAUGAGAUAGAUUCAAUGGCAGAUGGCGCACCUGCUGAGAAAAAGCAAAAGACUGAUCAGCGUCAAAUUAUUCGAGAACCAAAAUUAGAUGACAAUGGAAACCCAAUUCCCAGAGAACCACGUCUACCAAAAAGAAAAGUUGCUGUCAUGAUUGGCUAUUGUGGAACUGGUUACCAUGGUAUGCAAUACAAUCCACCAAAUCCUACUAUUGAGGCUGCACUAUUUAAAGCAUUUGUUGAUGCCGGUGCUAUAUCCAAAGCUAAUAGCAACGAUUUGAAGAAGAAUAAUUUUAUGAGAGCAGCAAGAACUGACAAAGGUGUUCAUGCAGGUGGUAAUUUGAUAUCAUUGAAAAUGAUUAUUGAAGAUCCAGAAAUAAUGGAUAAAAUUAAUGCCAAUCUACCAGAAGGUAUUAGAAUAUGGGAUAUUGAACGUGUCAAUAAGGCAUUUGAUUGUAGAAAGAUGUGUAGCUCAAGAUGGUAUGAAUAUUUAUUGCCUACUUACUCCUUAAUUGGUCCAAAGCCAGGUACCAUUCUAAAUAAUGAUAUCGAAAGCAGUAAGACUGAACUUCCAGGCGUUCUGGAUGAAGAUUUGGAAUCAAAAGAAUUUUGGGAGAACUUUGAAGCUGCUGCUAAGAAGGAAUUUACUCCAGAGGAAAUUGCUGCCAUCAAAGAUUACUCCCCUCCACCAAGAGAAGAAUUUGACGACCAAGAAGAACUGUACCAGAAAGUCAAACAAUGGAAGCUGUUAGAAAACACUCACCGUAGGCAAUACAGGAUAUCCGAAAUGAAAUUAAAUAAAUUUCGUGCAGCCAUGAAUCAAUAUUUGGGAGCCCAUAAUUUUCACAACUUUACAUUGGGUAAAGAAUUUAAAGAUCCAAGUGCCAUAAGAUUUAUGAAGGAAAUCAAAGUAUCUGACCCAUUUGUUAUUGGUGAUGCUAAAGCUGAAUGGGUUUCCAUUAAAAUUCAUGGUCAAUCUUUCAUGCUGCACCAAAUUCGUAAGAUGAUUUCUAUGGCAACUUUGAUUGCGCGUUGUGGUACACCAGUUGAAAGAAUCUCUCAAGCAUUUGGUCCUCAAAAGAUAAACAUUCCGAAGGCACCUGCUUUAGGCCUUCUUUUAGAAGCACCUGUUUUUGAAAGUUAUAACAAGAGAUUAGAAAAGUUUGGAUAUAAACCAAUCGAUUUCUCCAAAUAUCAAGAAAAAGUAGACGCAUUCAAGAUGAAGCAUAUCUAUGACAAGAUCUAUGCCGAAGAAGUUAGUGAUAAUGUUUUCAAUGCAUUUUUUAGUUAUAUUGAUAGUUUUAACAAAGUAACAGGUGCACAGACUGAGGAAUCUGCCGAAUCCAACAAACCCGCAACAAAGAGUAUUUUCGAAUUUCUAUCAGCUCAUGGCAUUCCCGGUAUCGACUAUGGUAAAAACGAAAAGGAAGAUUCAAACAAAGAGUCUAGUAAUGACCAGGUGAACAAGGAAUCUGCUCCUGCUACAAGUAAACCCGCAGAAGCUGUAGAACAAACCGAAAAGAACUAG